GAUAUUUCCGCUGGUGAAGCUGUGUACACUGGAUGUGAUCGUGGAGACGGCUAUGGGAACGGAAUCCAAUGCGCAGACGGAGGAGUCCGGUUAUACGAUGGCGGUUGAGGACAUUUCCGAGAUCGUGUUCUGGAGAAUGUUCAAUGCCGUGUACAACAAUGAGUUUAUGUUCAAACUGAGCAGCAAAUUUGGAACGUAUAAGAAAUGUUUGAAGACGAUUCGGGAGUUUACUUUGUCUAUCAUUGAAAAACGCAGAAGCGCUUUGAUCGGAUUAGAUGAAAACGGUGAAAACUUACGAAAGGAUGUCGAUUCGUCGGGACUAAAAAGGAAAAUGGCUCUAUUGGACAUCUUAUUGCAAACGACAAUUGAUGGACGACCGUUGACAAAUGAAGAAAUACGCGAGGAAGUAGAUACUUUUAUGUUUGCGGGACACGAUACAACUGCAUCUGCUAUUACAUUUCUUCUUUACGUAAUGGCGAAAUAUCCAGAAGUGCAGCAGAAAGUCUACGAGGAAGCCGUUAGUGUUCUUGGAGACUCUAUUGAAACACCCAUAACGCUAAGUGCAUUAAAUGACCUCAAAUAUCUGGAUCUAGUAGUGAAAGAGUCGCUUCGUAUGUUCCCUCCGGUGCCAUACAUAUCCCGCAGCACGAUAAAAGAAGUGGAACUUUCCGGAUGCAACAUCCCGGUUGACACUAACAUCACCGUUGGAAUCUACAACAUGCACCACAAUCCAAAGUACUUCCCGGAACCGGAGAAAUUCAUUCCAGAGCGUUUUGAAGCCGAACGGGGAGUGGAAAAGCAGCACCCCUAUGCGUACGUGCCCUUCAGUGCCGGAAGUCGCAACUGCAUUGGUCAAAAGUUCGCCCAGUACGAGAUCAAAUCGAAGAUUUCCAAGGUGGUACGGUUGUGUCGGAUGGAGUUGAUCCGUCCAGGGUACGAACCACCCUUGAAGGCAGAAAUGAUCCUCAAACCGCAGGACGAAUUGCCAUUGAAAUUUUUCCCACGAUGAUUGAAGGCUUCCCGAAGGAAAUAAUUUAGCGAAAGGGAUAGCUGUUUGAAAUUCACUUGAAUAUCUAAUUUUCAGAGUUGAAGUAAUUUAUUUAGGAAUUUUCUGACUUUUCAGUCCAAUUAUGUAAUCAAAAACAAUUUUGUGGUUUCUUAGAAAAUACAAAUUCACC